AUGGCAAGCUUCUCAAAGAUACUCAGACCGACGGAUAUUUACAAGAGACUCUCAGUGCCGACCAAGUAUCUCAAGUCUCUCCCAUCUUUCGAAGGUGGUCAUGCUGUAGAUUUUCAAGCAGUUGAUGAUAAGGGCCAUGUUUGGACCUUCAAGUGCUCCGUUCGCAAGAAAGGGCGAUACCCUAAACCAGUUCUCGCAAAGGGUUGGCUUCCUUUCGUUGCUAGCAAGAACCUUAAAGCUGGCGACAAGGUCAAGUUUUACAGGGAGAAAAACAAAUCCGCUGCAAAACGUGUUUACAAGGUUCAGGUCGCAAAAGAAGUCAGGAUAUUUGGUGUUAUCUUCGGCUAUGCUCCGAUAUUCUAG